CACUGGAAUUCAGUAAUCAAAACUCAAAUGGACGCAACGGGUCUCAGACUGAGAGCCCUAACCGCCGUGGCCUCCUCGUCCCUGCCGCUGCUCCAUUUCCACUCCGCUGCCCUGCCGCUGCUACGCCGUCGCUGCUUGCUACGUAAUGUCAAAUCCAGCUUUUUUCUAUCCUCGUUGCGCUUCUCCCAGCUCCGCUCUCCCUCUGAGAAAUGUGGAGCGAAUGCGGUGGCCAAUGGAUUCGACGGUGAGCCGCGCGAUGCAGCGAGUAAGGAGAUUCUUCAAGUGGUGCUAGUCUCGCCGCAGAUUCCUGGAAACACAGGAUGCAUUGCACGAACUUGUGCUGCCUCAGCAGUCAAAUUGCACUUAGUCGAGCCAUUGGGGUUUCAGGUUGAUGAUACAAAGCUAAAGCGAGCUGGACUCGAUUAUUGGCCAUAUGUUGUUGUGAAGGUGCAUGCUUCAUGGUCUGAGUUCAGGGAGUAUUUCAUGAGACAGGAGGGUGAAAAGAGGUUAUUAGCAUUUACCAAAAGAGGGACAAAUAUACACUCUGAAUUUGCCUACCGGAGAGGCGACUGGCUAGUGUUUGGCUCAGAAACGAGUGGAUUGCCCCCUGAGGCGCUAGCCGACUGUAACAGCGAAACAUUGGGUGGAGGUACUAUUCGAAUACCCAUGGUUGAAACCUAUGUUAGAUGUCUGAAUCUAUCUGUGAGUGUUGGCAUUGCUUUGUAUGAAGCUUCAAGGCAGCUCAACUAUGAGCAGCUGCAAGAAUUGCCUGAGAGUUUUAUGGUCGAUAGAGAUGCUUCAUUUUUCACUCAGGACAUAUUUGCUUAAGUUAUAUUAUUGAGAUUUAUGUUGGGAAUUUCUAACUCUUCAUUUUAGAUUGAACUUUUAUAAUGAGUUUGAUAGGAAAUAGUGAGAAUUGCAUGCUUAUAAUAUUUAAUAUAUAAAGAAAAUACUUGCCGUA